AUGCGGCUUAUCGCUGGCUCGUUCUUUAGUUGGCACGUCCUGCCGUUGGCCCUCAUCACACGCUUGGCAUCGUCCACCAGGGCUGAGAUCCAGGAGCUGGGGACAGACGUUGUGUCUUUCGUAGCUGGGACACCUACAACAUCAACACCUACAAAAACAACUACACCUACAACAUCAACACCUACGCCUACAUCAACACCUACAAAAACAACUAUACCUACAUCAACACCUACAAAGACAACUACACCUACAACAUCAACACCUACAAAAACAACUACACCUACAACAUCAACACCUAUGGCUACAGCACCUACAAAAACAACACCUGCAGCUACAAUGCAUACAAAAACAACAACACCUACAACAACACCAACAACUACGACAACAUCAACACCUACACCUACAAAAACAACUACACCUACAACAUCAACACCUACGGCUACAACAUCAACACCUACAGCUACAACACCUACAACAUCAACACCCACAGCUACAACACCACCUAUAAAAACAACACCUCCAGCUACACCACCACCUAUUACAACAGCACCUAUAACAACAUCAACACUUACAGCUACAACACCUACAAAAACAACAUCUAAAAAAACAACAGAGCAGCGGGGAUGUAGUUACACAGAGGUCACUGAUGACAAGUCCUUUACCGCCUGGGCUGCUGCUAACCCAAUUUAUGUAGACUGUCACCAGGACUGUACCGCAGCGCUGGCUGGAUAUAGCGCUGAUCUGCACCGCGCUGACGUUACCGAGGAGGAAAAAAACAUACCUUCUUGA